AUGACUUUUCUAUUCAAACGGAACCCGAAAAACCCCCCCGAACUCAUCAAAGCCUUGAAUGAGCAAGUACUGAAACUUGACUACAACAGUGAUAGUAACAAGAAGUAUCAAGACGAAUGCUCACGGUUCUUGAAACAGGUCAAGGUUAUACUACACGGAGAUGAUGAGAACGAACCCCAACCGGAUCAAAUCUCACAAUUGGCGUUGGAAAUAUACUCUACCGAUUGCCUUUACAAUCUUAUGGUCAAUUUGAAAAAACUUGAUUUCGACUCGAGGAAAGAUGUGGUCAUAUUGUUUCUGACACUAUUGCGACGACAAAUAGGGAGUAAGUCUCCCACCGUUGAAUACAUCCUAAAUCAGAAACCGGAGAUUCUAGGGCUAUUGAUUAGGGGCCCAGAAUCGUCGGAAAUAGGCUUGAUUUGUGGCCAAAUCUUGAGAGAUUGUAUCAAAUUUGAAUCAAUCAAUAAGUUUGUUUUGCAUUCCAGUUUAUUCUGGAACUUCUUCAAAUAUGUACAGAUUUCGAUUUUCGAAAUAGCUACGGACGCAUUCAUAACAUUGCAUGAUCUAUUGACUAACCACAAAAAGUUGGUAAGCGAGUUUUUGGCAAGAAAUUAUGAUAAUUUCACUUCCAGCAUAAACAAAUUGAUUCAGUCAAACAAUUAUGUUACCAAGAGACAAAGUGUCAAGUUGCUAUCGGAGUUGGUUUUACGAAGACAAAACCAAGCAUUUUUAAACCAAUACUUUGAUGACACCAACAACUUGAAAUUGAUGAUGAUUCUCUUGAGUGAUAAGCUGAAGAAUUUGCAAAUCGAAGCCUUCCACAUCUUCAAGUUUUUUGUUGCCAAACCUAAGAAGUCGCAAAAGGUGUUGGAUGUGCUCAUCAAGAAUAAGAAAAACUUCAUAGCGUUCUUUGAUACGUUUGAUAUUCAAAGCGACUCCACCACGAUUGACGAAAGAGACUACGUCUUGGGCGAAAUCAUGAAGUUGCCUGAUAUCGUGAGAUCUGAAUAA